GAUUUCUCAAUUUUGAGCAAUCUGAAAUGCAUCUAUAUGUAAACGAAACGUUCGAUCUAACUCAUACUAUUAUUGAACGCCUAUAAUAAGCAAGUUGCAAGGAGCAGCGCCUCUAAGAACUUUAUAGAGACAUGAUGUUCUUGGUUCCUAUGCAGAGACUUAUGAAAAGGCAACUCUUUUCUUUUCAUUUGAGAGCCUGUUCCCCAAAACCUUUAAUGCCUAAAAAGCAUGGAAAUGGGAAAUCAGCAUCCUUCCAUGGUCCGGCUCCAGGAGAUUGUGAAAGAAGUUAAGGUCCUUGGGCAGCAGGUGGCAUCCUUCAGUGGUCUACAGAGUGAUAAAGACUAUCGUAAAUUGGAGAGGGCCUUAACGCGCCAGCUUUUCGAGAUCGAUUCUGUGGAAACAGAGGGCAAGGGGGACAUCCAGCAGGCAAGAAAGAGGGCAGCGCAGGAAGUGGAAAGCCUGCUGAGGCAGCUAGAACAGAAUGUUAACCAUCCCAUGCGGCUGGAGAUUGAGAAGAUCUACCUGGAGGCACAGAACCGCAUCACCCAGGAGGUGAGGAUCCUCCGAGGAGGAGGGGGUAACAUUAGCGAUGAGUUUGUGGAUGGCAUCCAGGACGUCAUUUUGCGCCUGACCCAGAUCAAAACUGGAGGAAAAGUGCACCUGCGUAAAGCCAGGUAUCGUACUCUGACAAGAGUGUGCGCGGUACAUGACAUUAUUGAGAACUGCAUGAAGCAACAGGCACAGUGUCUUCCACUUUCAGAAGGCAUUCAUGUGUCUGUACCCAAGAUCAAUGCCAUUAUGGUUGAGGUCAAUAAGUCUCGAGGGGAUCUUAUUGCCCUGCUGAUGGGAUUAAAUAAUGAAGACAGCUGUGGACACCUCUCCCGUGUCCUUACAGGACUUCUGGUGGAACUUGAUGCCCUUGAUGUGUCUGGGAACACUCAAGUUCGUAAUUACAGGAAGCAGGUGGUAGAGGAGAUCAACAGCCUACUGAAGCACUUGGAUCUGGAGGGUGAGGGGGACACCACCUGCAGGUAUGACUUGGCUAAGAAUGAGUCCAUCCAGAAGAUUGAGGAGAUUCGUCGCACGGUAGCCCAACUGCAGACUGAGCUUGUAAAAACUGAAACAACACAAGAGCUUCAUUUCAAACCCAAGGCUGAACUACAGGGAUUGUUGACCAAAUUAGAUGAGGUGAGCACUGCCAGGAACCCCUGCAUUCGGGAGGCAAGGCGUAGGGCAGUGCUGGAGGUGCAGGCAGUGAUCACCUACAUUGACCUGAAAGAGGCUCUAGAGAAACGGCAGGCUGCUGUGCCCUAUGUGGACGAGCAUCCCUCCCAUAAGGCCGUAUGGCAUGUCUUGACCAGCCUGUCUGAACUUCAGAGACAGGUGCUAGAGUUUGGUGGAAAAAGAGCCGACAAAAGCUACAUCAUGCUAGAAGAGCUACUCACUAAACAGCUUCUGACGCUUGAUGCUGUUGAUCCACAGGGCGACGAGAUGUCCAAAGUUGCCCGGAAACAGGCAGUUCGGUUUGCCCAAACUAUUCUCAACUACCUGGACAUGAAAACAGAUGAGUGGGAGUACUGAUGCGAGUUGGUACCCUGUAAAGUGUUGGGUGUGUUCACUUUGUGACAUUUCUAGAGCAGCUACAUUGACAAGUGGAGUCUGCUUUCGGUCCCUCGUCUUUGAAGUUACGCUAGUGCGUGGUUUUGUGCUUGUAUCUGCUCAUUGUGCACUUUAUCAAAAAAGCAUGAAAACGUCUUGUGUUUUUGGAUUCAAAAUAGACCAGAAGGGCUCUACGAUGUUCUCGAGUACGACCUCGGGAGAUGUGAACAGCUGUUUAGACACCUGAUGACAAGGUGGCGCCACCCAGGGGAGAACUGUGUGUGCGUUUCCCACAUAUAUGAAUAAAUUGCAGCCUUUCAGUCUGAUUCAUAAACAAUUUGCACUAUUUAUAAGUGGGGAACAUUUUAUGCAAAAAUGGUCCAUUUGAGGAGCACCCUCCGGCUGUCCUUAGUAAUGUGCAACUGGCUGACAGGACUGCUGCCUGCCAUCUUUACUUCAGUGCAACAGUUGCUUCAAAAUAACUGAAGCUUUAAGGUGAGCAGAAUGAGAUACAGACCUUACUGCCCUGUUUUGGGUGGUUGGGACAUUUUUGUAGUAUGUAAGUGCUUUUAGAAUCCCAAGCCUAAAACAGCUGACAGUAGGUCUGCUCUGUGUCAUGAUUCCUCUGUCUUCCUGAUUCACUGUGGCCUAGUAGAGUUGGUACAGUGCAGCUUCUGAAAUGUCAAUCUGAGUUAACCCUGAGAUCUGUUCUGCUGGCUUCCCUCCUGCCGUCCUUCAAGUCACAACAUUACCUGCUUGCGUUUGUAUACACGUUGGGGUGAGCAGACUCCCAUUUUUUGUUUACUUCACCUGGAUAAAAAGGGUGAAUAUUAUGCAGUAUGGUUCUAAAUAUACAUGUAUAUAUUUUAUAGCCAACUGUAAUUAAGCUGGGGACCCUUAAACUCUGAAGGAGCCAAGAGGACACUAGUUGUAGUCCUUAAUGGGUGUAUCCACUCUGGUAUGCAAUGUCCUUCUGGUUCUGUUUGUAUGGUGGGUAAAUCAUUGAGUGGCCUUGGACCCUGUAUAUGUGAAGUAUACACAUUGAUAAUCCAGUUCACAUUUAUAGUGCCUUUAAUUGUGAAGAACAUUUGCAAUGAGUAACACUAUGCUAAUAAUUGCAAAGGCAGGAAGUUUGAGAUCUGUUACAGGUCACACUGGGAAACCUCCAGACUGCCAUGAAGAACAAGCCGAUAGCGCUGAACCUUGGGAGAAAGGCUGCAGUAGAGUUCUGUCAUUCACACACACAAGUUAUUCUGUAUAGUACCCACCUACAGAGAACACCAGACCAGUUACUUUUGAAACUUCUCAAAACAUUAUGACCAACUGCCAGACAUGCUGUUGUUUGUCCGUGUGCAGCCAAAUCAUCUCCUACCUGCCAAGGUAAGGAUCUUACAAGACCUCUGAAUGUGUCCUGUGGUAUCUGGCUUUAGGGUGUUGGUAGAAGAUCCUCUGAUUCCUGUAAAGUGCAUAGUGGAGCUGCCAUAGAUUGGACUUGUUGUUCCAAUACAUUCCACAGAUGCUCAAUUGGAUUGAGAUCUGGGGAAUUUAGAGGCAUGGGCAACACCUUGAACUCUCCUAAACAAUGUGUAGUGUGGCUGGGCAUGUUAUCCUGCCACUUCUGUUAGGAAAUCCCACCGCUAUGAAGGAAUUAACACCCACGUCACCACCCAGACCAAUCCACCACCUUGUUUCAUUCUGCACUGCCUCCUCGUGCCUCCUCUUUUCCCAGGUAAACGAUGCACACAUACCCGGCCUUAACAGAAAAUGGGAUUCAUUGGACCAGGCAACCUUCUUCUAUUGAUUCACGGAGGACAAGGCAAGAGUUACAAAGAAGCAACGAGGUGGCAAGACAAUAAUUCAAAACUUCAGGGGAGCAGCUUUCAAGCAGCAAGUGUCACAUUUUGGCACAUCCAGCUGCACCGCAGACCUGAGCCAUCCUCCUCCUCCUCCUCCUCUUGAUGGCAGUUUGUACUCUUAUGUGGAUGUACUUUGUGUGAGCAGACUGAACUUCAGGCUCGACUAUUUGUAAUUCAAGCCUUGCCUCAGAUUCUGCUCUUUUCAUAUCUCUUUGAAACUGGACAGUGACAUCUUCUCACUUACAUGAGUGACAGUGUUAGAAGACAAAAUUGUAUAUUUUGUGAGCUGCUUUAAAAAGAAAAAUUCAAUAUAAAUACCAAAUAAAAUAUUUAUUUGGCAGGAAUGGCUCUUGGGUUUUUAUUUAUAUGCACUACAUGAAAUUGUCAUAUUUUUUGUAGAAAUUGACACCUUUGUUUCAAGAUAGCAUUAAACUGAAUUCAGGGUA